GGAACGAGUUGACAUUGGGGAACCUUACUACGUGGGCUGUUACCACCUUGGUACCUUAUAUCUGGGAUUGACUUUAUAUCCCCCUUAACUCUGUACAGUAGGGGAAACGUCAAGGACAAUCUUUACUGAUUACUUCUUUAUUAUCUGACCUGUCGACUUCACAUCAACAUCAAUCCAAGCCUUCUUGGGAGAUUCUACUACACAACUUACUUCUACGCAGUUUAUUAUACCAGUUUGGCCAUACCAUUGGUGUAAGUGGUGUGAACAUAAUCUGUUCAUGAUAACAUUCUCCAUCAUAAAUUGGAUAUCAUACGAGUCAUGGGUUCUAACGGCGUUCCAUCUCUCGUCAAUCCGAUACACCCUUCGGUAGUCGAGAAACUCGAUCCACACUUUACCGAGAUCUACAUGCGCUACCAAGCUUCUCGGUUGCGAGCAGAUCAAGUUCCAUACGAGGUUUACAACAAGGACCGCCCAAAAUAUACUUUCCCAACUGAUAAGGUAGCUGGAAAUUCUCCGGACGUAGCUAGCAACAAGAUCUACAAGUUCCCUGUGUCGAACCCUGUAGGCGAGAUAGCUGUGCAGGUGUACGUACCUACGCAAGAUGCAAUCACUAAUGGCGGGUUGGAGAAGGAUGGCCUACUUCCAGCACUUGUAAACUACCAUGGAGGAGGUUUCGUUAUCGGAGGUUUGGAAUCGGACGUCUCUCUAUGCAGGAAGAUCUGCCAAAGGGUCGGCUGUAUCAUAGUCAAUGUUGACUAUCGACUUUCUCCGGAACACCCACAUCCAAUUCCCCUUACUGACAGCUGGGAAGCGUUGAAAUGGACUUUUAAAAACGCAGCAACAUUGAAAAUAGACCCCUCGCGCGUGGGAGUCAGUGGGCUAUCUGCUGGAGCAUGCAUUGCAGCGGUUCUUGCAUUGCUAGCACGGGACGAACCGGGCUUACCACGCCUCGCCCUGCAGCUACUCAUCGUACCGGUGAUCGACGCAAGAUAUAUCCCGAUAGAGGGUUCGUGCGACCCUGCGAAGACACCGUAUAAAAGCUACAUUGACUUCGAAUUCGCACCCAUGCUUCCCCUCAAUCGCCUUAUUUGGUUCUAUAAUCUGUGGCUAGGCACAGACGAAGGUCGUACAGCGAACGCCAACGAUUUUCGCGCUUCUCCCAUAGUAGCAGACUCGCACGCAAAUUUGGCACCGGCUAUCAUCCGCUGUGCUGAUGUUGACCCACUGAGAUCGGAAGGAGUUGCGUAUCACGAGAAAUUGACAGCGGCUGGUACGCCUAGUAAAGUCAAAAUAUACAAGGGGCAAGGGCAUCCGUUUCCUCACUGGGAUGGAGAGAAUCCAGUAUCAAAGGGAUUUGUCAGCGAUUGUGUUGAUGAACUGAAAGUUGCCUUUGUAAAGAAAUAAGGGGCUGCCCUCUCCGAAGGUCCUCUCUAAAAACUAGGAUGAGAGGGGUAAAAUGAAGAUAUUAUAUACCUACCUCUUAUAUAUCCUGUUAUCCUGUUUAAGGGUCGCUUGCCGACAGUUACACGAAGUGGUUUACAUCAACUACGUAGGUACAUACAUAUUGUAUGGAUGUGUUUUGGGAGGACUACUCGAAGUACCUAGGUACUUAAGUAGAUGACAACCUUAGACAUGCUGGGAUUCGUUGUUGCCUACAUAUCCAAAUAAAAGGAAUUAAAUCGA